UACGCAUGCGCGGGUCAUAGCAGUUCGAUACCGCGCGGCCGGCUCACGCGCUGAUCACGAAUGUAAAUAAAUAAAGCACGCGGUUCUACCGCAUUCGAAUUUUAAACUUGAAAAAUCAAAUGCGGUUGAAUUCUUAAUUUUUUCCAAAAUGCGUGUUGUGUUCCUCCUUUGUGUGUGUGUUUACGUAGUGAUGGGACAAAACAUAAACGAUAUGGCGAAUAUGCCUAAAUAUGAUCAAAGAUAUGACUACCUGGAUGUAGAUGCGUUGUUCAAUAAUAAAAGACUAGUUAGAAACUACGUGGAUUGUCUAAUUAGUGCAUCAAGGUGUACGCCGGAAGGAAAGGCGCUUAAACGAAUACUUCCAGAAGCAUUAAGAACGAAAUGUGUCCGAUGUACAGAGCGACAAAAGAGGACUGCUGUUAAAGUAAUAAAGAGGUUGAAGUAUGAGUACCCGGAGGAAUGGGCCAAACUGUCCUCCCGAUGGGAUCCCACCGGUGACUUCACGAGAUACUUCGAAGAGUUCCUCUGCAAGGAGCACUUCAAUAUUAUACCUAAUUCUGGGAAUGAAAUACCAGCAUCAUCGUCAAUACCGACGUUACCUCCGAGGGUUCCGGCGCCAGAAUCGCCACCGCUGUCUGUACUGCCAGCUAUAGGCAGCAUUCCACCACAAGAAACGACCACUUUCGCUCCACCGCGUCCACUUAUUUUGAAUAGAUUUGGAGACGACGGUGAACUAAUGGUGGGCAGUCCGUCCUCAGCGGCAGGUACCACACGACCGACUACACCCCCGCCCUACAUGAGACCCAUAUCACCGAAUACAAUGCGGCCUGUGAAUCAGCCUAGACCAACAAUAGUGUCGUGGACAGCAGCUGCAUCCGAUGCCAUACCCACGCGGUUUCCACUACGCCCAUCCAAGGACAUGGGCCCGCAGUAUACCACGGCCAUCACGCUCAUCGACCAAAUUGGUUACAAGAUUAUCAGGACAACAGAACUUGUGAAGGAUAUCCUCAAGAAUACCGUACGGGCUGUGGUCGGUCGGUAGAAAGAUUGAGACAACGGCGUUAAUGUUAUUUCUGUUAUAAAUACCUAGCUGUCUUCGCUAAGAUCGUAUUAUCGCAUACCAUUUUGUUAGGAAUUACAUAACAAAAGUUAUUCCUACCAAAUGUAAUUUAUUUGGUAAAAUUUUAUUUCGGCAACGAUUAUUUUUAUUAUAAAAUUUGGUGGUUCACAUUCACAGUUUACGAAGUUUCAGUCAUCAUCCUGUUAAAUUGUGAAAAAAGAAACAAAUAGAAGAAAGAUUCUGUAGU